AUUUUGUUUGAAAUGCGUAUUUCCAUCUGAGCGACUUUCACUAGCGACUGAAAAGAUUCUGAAUGGGCACUCCGGCAAGAUCAACACAGACACUUGCUGUGACAUGCAGCCUAGAGGAGAACCUGAAGACGGUGCUGAUGAACCUGACCAGUGCCUCGGUGCAGACUAACAAUGUGGGAACCAAGCAGGCAGACACAGUCUACUUCUUGGCCAUAACACCCCAAUUUGUGACAGAGGUGGUCAAAGCUGAGAGUCUGUAUGGCAUCCUGCUCUCCAUCAGCGGACAAAUGGCACUCAACUGUGGAGUGGUGCUGUUUCAGAUUGGCGUGCUGCAGCAGUACGGUGUGAAGGUUUUGGGCACACCUGUAGAGUCCAUCAUCGCCACAGAGGACAGACAGCUGAUUGCUGACAAGCUGAAGGAGACCGAUGAGAGGCUCGCCCCCAGUGUGGCUGUGGAGUCGGUUACUCAGACAGGAGCGAGAGAUGAGUGA